AUGGUGCGAGCGGUCUUAGUCCCUCGGGGCUUCCCCACCCCCCGCAUGCCCCAUUGCCGUCCCCGGGUCUCCCAACCAAAACUUCUAUCUGCCACCGGAUUCCGACCAAAUAGCUCAAUUGCUCAGCACUCCAAUGGUCCAGCGAGCUCCUCGAGCUCCGGGUCGUCGCCAAAGCCCCCUUUCUGGACUCCGACGCGGACACUUCUUGUCUCCGCAUUUGCUGCAGGCUUGGGUUACGGAUUUGCCUCGUACAACCAAACAUCACAGCCAGCGACCAAAUCACAGUACGGAUCCCUGAAAGACUUCGAGAAGGCCAUUGCUGAACUGAGAGCUAAGCUAGGCGAGGAUGCUGUCAGUACUGAAGAAGGCGACCUUCAAUCGCACGGUUACUCUGAGUGGUCAACCAUCAAUGCCGACCGUCUGCCAGUCGCCGUCGCAUACCCUACCUCGACCGAAGAUGUCUCGGAAAUUGCAAAGAUCUGCAACAAGUACCGAAUGCCCAUGAUUCCCUACUCCGGCGGCUCUAGCCUAGAAGCCAACUUCUCUGCACCGUACGGCGGGAUGACCAUUGACUUUGCUAUGAUGAAUAAAAUCUUAACGAUUCACGAGGAUGAUUUGGAUAUCGUUGUGCAGCCGUCCAUCCAAUGGAUGGAUCUGAAUGAGCAGAUCAAAGACACAGGUCUAUUCUUCCCUGUGGAUCCCGGUCCAUCUGCCAUGAUUGGUGGCAUGGUGGGUACAAACUGCAGUGGCACAAACGCCGUGCGAUACGGAACCAUGAAGGACUGGGUGAUUAAUCUCACCGUUGUCUUGGCCGAUGGCCGGGUGAUCAAGACCCGCAAACGGCCUCGCAAGACUUCCGCUGGAUACAAUCUCACGGGCAUGUUCGUGGGCUCCGAAGGAACUUUGGGUAUCGUGACCGAGGCUACACUGAAAUUGACCCCAAUCCCCGAGCAAACUCGAGUCGGAGUUGUAUCAUUUCCGACCAUUCGAGACUGUGCGUCGACUGCGAUGCAGUUGAUCAAAAAGGGUAUUCCGGUGCAAUGUAUGGAGAUCUUAGAUGAUGUACAGAUGGAUGUGAUCAACCGAGCGGGCGGAACAGGGCGCUCGUGGAAAGUUGCGCCAACGCUGUUCUUCAAGUUCUCUGGGACUAAGGCCGGUGUCGCUGAUAGUGUCAAUCUAACCACGAUACUCGCUAAGACCAAUCACGCCUCGUCUGUUGAGUUUGCCAAGGAUGAGAGAGAAGCCCAUGAUCUUUGGUCGGCGCGUAAGCAGUCGCUAUGGAGUAUGAUGUCGCUUCGCGCUGAAGGCUCCGAGGUCUGGUCAACAGAUGUCGCCGUGCCUCUGUCCAGAUUGCCUGAAAUUAUUGAAAUUUCUAAGAAGGAGCUGGUCGAUCUCGGUCUAUUUGCUAGCAUUCUCGGACAUAUUGGGGACGGAAACUUCCACGCCAGUAUUAUGUUCAACCGCCAGGACCCAGAAGAAAAAGCUCGAGUGGAGAAGGUAGUGUAUGACAUGGUAAAUCGCGCUCUUGAAAUGGAGGGUUCGUGCACGGGUGAACACGGUGUUGGCCUUGGUAAAAAGGGGUCUUUGACCAAGGAGCUGGGACAGGAUACUAUUGAUAUCAUGCGGGGGAUCAAGCGCUCUCUUGAUCCGCACUGGCUGCUAAAUCCUGGUAAGAUCUUUGAUCAGGAAAGAGAUUCUUGA